UCAGCCAACCAGAUAGGCUACAUUUAUACCCAAAAAAUGUUUUAAAUGUUACAGGAUCGCUCACAAGUAUUUAUUUUAUAAGCUACUAAGUAAUAAAAUGUUUAGUUUCAGUUUAUUCAACGGAGACCUGAUUUCACCAAUCACAUUGCGGCGCUCCAAACUUUCCACCAAUCAGAGAAGCUCGUGUAACUUAAGCGAAAGUUUGCGGAGCCGCUCGCGCACCUCGUUCUGUUUUGAUCCGCUGUCUGUCUGUAGGUGGUGAAGCCCGGAUGGGGACACUUUUGUUUCUAUGCUAAUAUUUCCUUUACGAACCGCGGCGCUUUUGUCAACGCUCAGGUUUAUAUGGGGGAGAAUGACGACAUGUAUCUGUGGUUGAGAAAGCGCACGCAGCAGUGUUUCUGAAGACCUCUCGAGAUCUGCUGUAGCCAUGAGUUGUUUGGAUGUUAUGUAUCAUCAGAGUUAUGGAGCUCAUCAUUACCUGCCUGCGACAUCAGCGGCAGCUGCGGCGUAUAAAGCGGCAUAUUAUCAUCAUCAUCAUCAGCAGCAACAACAGCAUCAGCAGCAGAAGAAGUUUGGUGCCUACAGCAGGAUGCAGGAUUCUCAAGAGUUUUCCUCUCACUGUGGUCAGAAUAAGCAGCACACAACGGCGAAGCCCCGUCCUGCUCCUGAGCUCCAGAGAGACGAGGAGCAGAACGCUGGAGAAGAGGAGCGGUGUAAGGAGACGCAGCAGCCUGCUGAGGCGGAGUACUUGAGCUCCAGGUGUGUGGUGUUCACCUAUUUUCGUGGAGACAUCGGGGACGUGGUGGAUGAACAUUUUUCCCGAGCUUUGAGUCAGCCUAGCACCUUCACCGGUGAUGUUAAAACCAGCAGGAUUCAUUCUGGAGGACCAUGGAAAGAUGGAGGCUCUAACUCUGAGAGUCAGUGUGGCUCUAUAUCAUCGUCUCUGUGGGGCAACGGCUACCUAUCUCAGACCAGUCCGUGUGUCCCCUCCUCGCACCCCGACUUCCCCCACACCGCAGCUUUUCACCCUGCAGACACUGGCAUCUGGAGCAGCCACAACCUUACGCAGACCGGCCUGCCCCCACAUUCUGGUCUCACUGACUCUUGGCACUAUGGCCUGGGAGCCCAGAGCGGAGCGGGAUAUGCCCACGUUCAUGAGAUGUACCCUCACAUGCAUCCGCGGCACCCGCAUGCACAUUCCCACGCCCAUCACGUGCUCCAUCACGCUCACAGCCCCGCUCUGGACCCGCGUUUCAGCCCACUUUUGAUACCUGGUGUGAGAGCAUCUUGUAGCCCGACUUCAUGCACAGAUGGAAUCAAGACAGAGUUGGAACCAAGCAGCAUCCCGGGACCUACCUGGCCUGCUUCUUUCCAUGGGUCGGUGGAUAUCUAUGAGACAGCACUUGAGCAAGAUAAAGCAAAGGCCAGUGUUUGGUUCUGAGAAGAUUCAGUGGGACUUUCUGCCUCAGACCGGACCAUUUCUGUUGCGUCCGCAGUACUGCAUGUGGAAUCUUUCCCCACAAGCCUUUCUUGGGAACUAUUCAGGGAAACAUCACUCUUUAUCAGUGAGACAAGCACAAAAACAGCUUUGGGGAAAACGAGUGUUUUUGUAAAGCAUACCAUCCUGUCUGAGUUUGUGCCCUCGUGGACCGAGAUCAGAUCCAAUUCAGAGGGACUCUUCUGCCAUCUGGGCUUUUACAGACUUUUUACAGUCUACAAAGUGGUAUCUACUGUUCAACAAUGCCACAUACCCCAAAUAUAAGGUUUAAGAGGUAUAUCUCCUUUCUUUACACGAGAGAGGUUUCUCAUUGGUUGAUGCUUUAGAGCCGUAUUAAUGUACUCAUCACAGGUUCUGUUGAAAGAACUGAUUGUCUUAGUACGGUAAAACGCGUGUGAAUGUUGGAUAAACAGUGGACUUUUAAAUAAAAAUCUUUAUUUACUUUAAUAUAUUUGUCUAAAGUAGUCUUGGUAUGUUACUGAUUUAUUUUUUGUGUUCGUAAUGUGUUCGCAGUAUCGUUUGUUAUGAUGUCAUUGUCUUGCCUUUGGGGAAUAAGUCAACAAGUUUAAUGCUAAUAAUAAACUGCUGAGUUUUAUUGGCAAAAUA